GGAGUCCACUCAAUGCAAGUUGGGAGUAAAGUCUCGCCUAUCAAUUUAGCAUUAGUUCAUCUUCCAUCGCCACACGGCUGGCCCUUCCCUGGCCACACAUUUUACCAUUGCGAAGAACACGAGAGCGAGAGAGAGAGAGAGAGAGAGAGAGGAGUUAAAAAACAGAGAGAGAGAGGAUCUUACGUACCACGACAUCUCCUUCCUUCCCGGUUAGAAGUGUUAGCGAUGGAGGAGCGAAGCAAUAACAAGAAGAAGAAGAAGAGCACAGUGCUGUGGCUGUGCGAUGAGCUGCUGGAGAGAAUCCUCGCGCUUAUCGCCGAUCCCUGCGACCGCGCGGCGGUCUCCGAGGUGAAUCGGCAGUGGUACCGGGUGGAGGCGAGGACGCGAUCGAGAUUGGUGGUCAAGUGCUCGUACGCAGUGCAUCCAUGGCGGCUGGCCCAGCGAUUUACCGGCCUCGCCAGCGUGACCAUCAAGGGGCGGCCACGGAUCUACGACUGGGGCUUGCUCGGGGACGACUGGGGCGGCGCCGCCGACACCUGGAUCCGCGUCCUCGUCGCCUGCUGCCCCUCUCUCGCUGCCAUCCACCUCCGCCGCUUCGACGUCCCCGACUCCGCCAUCGCCGCCAUCGCCACCGCCGCGUUUGCGAGCUCGCUGCAGGUUCUCAAGCUCGACCGCUGCUCGGGCUUCUCCACCCGGGGCCUCCUCGAGAUCGCGCGCCACUGCAAGAACCUCAGAGUGUUGAGCUUGGACGAGAGCAUCGUGGAUGGUGGCGGCGAGCAGUGGCUGCGAGCUCUGGCCGACACCGCCACCAAGCUCGAGGUGCUCAGCUUUAGCCUGACGGGGAUCGAGGUUCGGGGCCUGGACGAUGUGGCGGCGAUUGUGAGCAGGAACAAGCGACUCGCCUCUCUUCGGCUUGACGAAGUUCGCACUACCAAUGACGCCAUUUCCAGGGCCCGGGGGAUCCUGCGCGAUGCCGCAUCGCUCCAGGAGAUGCUGCUGCUCUAUCGCUCCGUGGAUGAGAGCAGCAUCAUCGAGAAGCUGGAGCUGCCCAAGACGGUCACUUCGCUCGCCGGGGAUAUCAGCAUUCCUCUCGAUUGCGGGCUCGCCUCCCGGCUGCUCAAGCUCGACUUGAUGCUCACCACCCUCGAUAGCUCGCAGCUCUCGCUUCUCCACCAGACUUUCCAAGCGUGUCCCAACCUGGAAGAACUCAAGGUGAGGAACAGCAUCGGGGACGAGGGAGUCGAGGCCAUCGCUAAGCACUGUCGGAAGCUCAAGCGCAUCCGAAUCGAGAACCUCGAGGACAACCAUCACUCAGUCUCGCAGCGCGGCCUCAUCACGCUCGCCUCCAGCUGCCCACACCUCCGCACAGUAGCCAUCUACGCCUCAGACGUGAGCAACGCAGCAUUUGCCGCGUUUGGGCAUUGCUGCCGGGACCUCUACGACUUCCGGAUCGCGGUGCUCGACUCCCCGACCCCGCUCACCGAUACCCCGCUCGACGCCGGCGUCAAAUCCCUCCUCCAGGGCUGCCGGGGCCUCCGCAAGCUCGCGCUCUACCUCAAGCGCGGCGGCCUCUCGGAUCACGGCCUGGCAGAGAUGGGGGUGCUCGCGGGCAAUCUCAAGUGGCUGCUCCUGGGCUGCGCGGGCUACUCGGACGCCGGAUUCGUGGGCCUCGCGGCCGGGUGCGCGAGGCUGACCAAGCUGGAGCUCCGGCACUGCCCGUUUAGCGAGGCCGGCAUGGCGGCCGGGGUGGCGCGGAUGGAGCGGCUGAGGUAUGUGUGGAGCCAGGGGUACCGCGAAGUGGACGCCAGAGAGUUACUGGCGCUGGGGCCGGCGUGGAACAUCGAGUACAUGCCGUCCCGCGAUGCCGCUGUGACACAGUUCGUAGCAUAUCGGUCGCUGCUUGGGCCCCGGAUGGAUUGCCCGCCUCGCGUCAUGCAACUGGUUGGCUAAGCGGAAUUUUUAAUUUUUUUAAUUCGGUGAUGUGGAGAUCUACAGUUGUACGAUUGUCCGCAUGUGUCUCGAAAGUUUAAAAAGAAGACACACCUAUGGAUAAAAAUUGAAACAAAGAUCGUAAAUUAUCCAUAGAAUUUGUUGUAUUCAUUCA